AUGGCCAUAGCAUCAGAGCCAAUGGAAGUGGCAGCCCUAGGAAGACCUCUGUUUCUUGGUAUGCUUUACGACUCCCGCAAAGAUUCCUUCAUUCCAGGUGUUACUCUCUGGGAUAAGAAAUCAUUGAGUGAAAAUGUGGACAUUCGUCAUCAGACCCGGACAGAUCUGAAGUUCAGUAGCUCUGAUUCUCUCUCUAGUAAGGCCAGUCUCCUGGAUGUAAGCGCUUCCCUGAAGGCCAGUUUCUUGGCGGGGCUCGUGGAGGUGGGAGGAUCUGGGAAGUUCCUGCAUGACACCAAAUCCUCAAACCAUCAGUGCAGAGUUACAAUGUUUUACAGUGAAACCACACAAUAUGAACAGCUCACAAUGUCCCAGCUGGGCCAUUUCACCUACCCUGAGGUGUUUGACCAGAAAACUGCAACUCAUGUGGUCACUGCUGUGCUGUACGGAGCUCAGGCCAUCAUGGUGUUUGAUCACACAGUAUCAGAAGAGGAAAAUAAGCAGCAGAUUAAGGGAGACCUGAAUGUCAUGGUCAGGAGCAUCCCUUCAAUUUCCAUUGAUGGUCAAGGACAUGUAAAUAAAGAACAUGAUAAAAAUAAUAUGUCUGAGAAAAUCACCUGCACAUUUCAUGGGGACUUCCUUCUUGAGCAGAACCCCACCACAUACAAGGAGGCCAUAAAGACAUACAAGAAUCUCCCCCUUCUGCUGAAGGAGAAUCCACAGAAUGUGGUUCCAAUAAAAGUCUGGCUCCAUCCUCUUCAUCUGUUGGACAAUAAGGCAGCUCAGCUGAAGAGAAAAAUCACCACAAGUCUGAUUUCCAACACUGAAUCUAUAAUCGAGGAGCUGGAAGAUGUAGAAAGGACAUACAAUGACCUGUGAAAUGCACUGGUCAGUAGUUUCAGUGACAUCAAGAAGAGGCUGCACUCUUUUAAAGACUUGUUUAGCACAUACAAGACAAGGCUACUGGGCAACGUAAAUAAGGUCUUGCCUGCUAUUCGAGGAGGAGAGAUGGAGGAGAAAUCUCUGGAAGACAUCCUGAAUGCCCACAGGAGCUCCCCAUUCAAUACUGAGACACUUAAUCACUGGUUAUAUGAUGCAAAGUCUGAAAUUGACCUCUUGAGUUCUCUCACCAAGUCACUAGAAGGGAUCAAAUUUGAAGAUAAUGUCAUGCCCCUCUUAUUUGAUCUUAAUAUUGAUGCAGUGGUGUGCUUCACCUUCACAUCUCUUAAGUAUGAAGACACAUAUCUUUCAACCCUGAAGAAGUUCCUUCAAUCUGACUUAUUUAGAGCUAUGGGAAUAACAAUUUUUUCUGUGAAAUCUUUCAGAAAGUGGUUCAAUGAUCCCAAUGUCAUAGUAAAGAUGGCAAACAACUUGUCUCAUUUUAAGAGGUUUGCAGAGGCCAAUAAAAAUGAAAAAAGAAUCCAUUUCAUAAUUUCUGCCAUUUCUAAUCCCUCCAUUCCAGGCUCCUCCAUCUAUCUGUUUGAAAAAGGGAAACUGACAGACACACAGUUCAAGCCCAUGUCCAAGCCUUCCCCACCAAUAGUGAAGCAUGCCCAGGACCAAACCGUGUCCCUUAAACUGCAGAAAUCUUCAUCUGUGAAUGAUGUGCAGUACAGAGUGGAAUACAAGCAGGUGAAACCACAUUCUGGAACUGAGGAACCAUGGUCUCUUAUAGACACAUAUCUUGAAGACUUUACUCUGACUGGAUUGGAGUUUGGAAAGCAUUACUUGAUCCGCUGUAGAAGAGUUGAUAAAGUGGGAGUGAGUGAAGAUGAUAACAAACCACUCAUGAAUUGA